AUGGGGAGCUUGUGCCACAAGGCUUUGCAGAUCAUCUCCGAGCUGUGCCUGGGAGGGCAAGUGGAGUUGGAGAAAUGCUCGGGCAUCUUCCCGCUGGAGACCACCAACCAAGGUAUAAGCCGCGCAGACAUCUCCGUCAGCCUGCUCGCAGUCGUCGUCAGCUUCUGUGGGCUUGCCUUGCUCUUAGUCUCACUCUUUGUCUUCUGGAAGUUGUGUUGGCCAUGCUGGAGGAGCAAACCAAUGACAACAAACACUACGAGCGUCCCUCAAAGCACCUCCAGUGCUCCCACUGAGGUUCUGGAAACAAAUGAGAAAAAGGAAAUGAUUAAAGAAAACGGGAAGCCUUCCACAAAAAUCCUGGAGGCGGCAAUGAAAAUUAGCCACACUUCACCUGAUAUUCCAGCAGAGGUCCAGAACGCGCUGAAAGAACAUCUAAUUAAGCAUGCACGUAUGCAAAGGCAGAUCACCGAGCCUACAUCCUCAUCAAGGCACAAUUCUUUCAGGAGACAUUUGCCAAGGCAAAUGCAGGUGUCCAGCAUUGAUUUCAACAUGGGGACAGAUCCUGUUUUACAAAGGGGGGAGACAACAACCAGCAUUGGACGGAUAAAACCUGAACUUUAUAAACAGAAGUCUGUUGAUUCAGACGGAAAGAAAGAGGAUGUGAAAACUUGUGGGAAACUUAACUUUACUCUUAAGUAUGAUUAUGAAAAUGAACUGCUUUUGGUCACCAUUGUCAAAGCCUUGGAUCUACCAGCUAAAGACUUCACUGGUACAUCAGAUCCCUAUGUGAAAAUCUACCUUCUUCCAGACAGGAAAAAGAAGUUUCAGACACGGGUUCAUAGAAAGACGUUAAACCCUGUCUUCGAUGAAACCUUUCAGUUUCCUGUAGCCUAUGAUCAGCUUUGCAACAGGAAACUACAUUUCAGUGUGUAUGAUUUUGACAGAUUUUCUAGACAUGAUAUGAUUGGAGAAGUUAUUCUGGAUAACUUUUUUGAAGUAUCUGAUCUCUCUAGAGAGGCCACAGUAUGGAAAGACAUUCAUUGUGCCACUACAGAAAGUAUAGAUUUGGGGGAGAUUAUGUUUUCCCUUUGUUAUUUGCCUACAGCAGGGAGGAUGACCCUCACAGUCAUCAAAUGCAGAAAUCUCAAAGCUAUGGACAUCACUGGCUCAUCAGAUCCAUAUGUCAAAGUGUCCCUGAUGUGUGACGGUCGGAGACUGAAAAAGAGAAAAACAACUACAAAGAAAAACACUCUCAAUCCAGUAUACAGCGAGGCCAUUGUUUUUGACAUCCCCCCUGAGAAUGUGGACCAAGUCAGCCUCUCCAUUGCUGUUAUGGAUUAUGACCGAGUAGGACACAAUGAGGUGAUUGGGGUAUGUAGAACUGGACUUGAUGCAGAAGGACUCGGAAGGGACCACUGGAAUGAAAUGCUGGCAUAUCCCCGCAAGCCUAUAACCCACUGGCAUCCCUUAGUAGAGUUGCCAGGCCGAGCAACCAGUUUUGACAGUCAAGGGUCUUGUUCAUCACCAAAACCACCACUUACUCCCUAGACUAUAUAGUGGAUUCCCAAGGACCCGCUCAAU